AUGCGAGAAUGUCAUGGCCAGAGGCUCAGAGUGGGUGAUGUGAACAGGCUAAUAAAUAUAGUGGAUGCUGGAUACAGUAGAUCAGUGUGGACUGGACUGAAGAGGGGGACACAGAAACACUGGGGUUGGUCUAAUGGAGAAAACACAGCUUCUGAGUACUAUAACUGGGAUUCAGCUUCAGCACAGCCAGAUGGGGAUGGAGAUUGUGUAGCUACUUGUUCCAGGACUUGGAAAGAUCUGCCAUGUAGCCAUUUACUAUAUUUUACAUGCUAUUACAGUAAUAAUACAUACCUAAUACAAACUAAUAAAAACUGGAGUGAUGCUCAGAGCUACUGCAAACAGUAUCACACAGACCUUCCCACCGUCCACAACUCUGUGGAAAAUGACAAGAUAAAUACAAUGUUUUUUUCUCAAUGGUGCGUUUGGAUUGGUCUGUUCCUGGACUCUUGGGAAUGGUCUGAUAAAUGGAUCUUCUUCUUCAGACACUGGGCAGCAGGUCAACCAACCCAGAGUUUAGGAUCUGGUGACUGUGUUGGCAUGUCAAGAAGCAAUUCUGGCAGAUGGGCUCAAUACAGCUGUGAUCUGAAGAGUCCUUUUGUCUGCCAUGGAGGUGAGCCUUUAGUACCAGUGUAUCACUUUGUGAACCAAAGCAUGACUUGGCAGGAUGGUCUGAGCUGCUGCAGAAAGAGAUUUACUGAAAUGGCCACUGUUAUGAACAUGAGUGAUGUAAGAAGGCUGGUAAGUACAGUGGAUCCUGGAUACAGUGGUUCAGUAUGGAUAGGUCUCUCUUUUGUGGGAGCAAAACGCUGGACCUGGUCUAUGGGAGACAGCGCAAUCUCCCAGGACGGCAUGUGGAGUCCAGGAGAACCAAAUGGUGAUGGCGAGUGUGUGAAGAGUUUUAAUGGAAGCUGGUAUGAUGAGAGCUGCAGCAGCGUUCUUCCAUUUGUGUGUUUCAAUGACAGCACUGGUUUUAUAGUUACUGAGACUGCUAUGACGUGGAGAGAUGCUCAGAGUUACUGCAGACAACACCACACCGAUUUGGCGAGUAUCAGCAGCCCAGAGCAGCUGAAUCUGAUUCCUAAUGAAUCAUCACUCUGGAUUGGUCUGUUUCUGGACUCUUUUGGAUGGUCUAAUCAAUGGAACCACUUCUUUAGAUACUGGGCAGCAGAUCAACCAUCCAUGAUUUCAGGAUCUGGUAACUGUGUUGGCAUGUCAACAACCGAUUCUGGGAAAUGGGCUCAACACAGCUGUGAUGUUCGGCAGCCUUUUAUCUGCUAUGGAGAUGACAAGUUAUAUACAAAACAGAUUGUCAGAGUGAAAUUGUCCUGUGAUGAAAAAUGCACAUUGAAUAAUCCUGCACUACAGACGACCAUUCUGAAUGAGAUAAGUAAAAAGCUAAAGAGAAUGGGGCUGGGAAAUGACAGAAAAUUAAGUUGGAGAAGGGAGGAAGGUGGAGAGGUGUUUCAUCAGGAGAGAAAACCUAGAGCAACUUCAACUUUUAGUGCAUGCAAAAAGCAGUACUCUUUGGACUAUUAG